CGCACACCCAUUGGUUCCAGUCCAACACAUCCCGCAUGAGCCGCCUCCACCUCCGCCCCCGCUCGUCGGCGGCGGCGCCGCCGCUGGACGACGACGACCUGCUCCCCGAGAUCCUCCUCCGCCUACCCCCGCAGGCCGCAGCCGUCCUCCCUCCCCCGCGCCUCCGCCGUCUGCAGGUUCUGGCGCAGCCUCGCCUCCGACCCCGGCUUCUCCGGUCGCUUCCGCGCUCACCACCGCCGCAACCCUCCUCUCCUCGGCUGCUUCGUCAAGGAUUUUCACCACGUCCGCUUCCAGCCUACCCUGGAGGCCCCCGAUAGCAUCUCGCAAGCCCGCUUCUCCUUCCCGAUCGCCGCCGGCAACCGCUUCCUGCCCCUCGGAUGCCGCCAUGGUCUCGUACUCAUCUUCGACCUCCCUGUGGGUAAGCAGCCGCAGCUCCUGGUGUGGGACCCUGUCACCGGCGACCAACACCACCUAAACAUCCCCGCUGGGUUCGACAUGGGGAAAGCCUCAAUCGGCGCAGCUGUGUUUCGUGCUCCCGGAGACGACAUCUGUCAUUUCCAGGUGGUCUUGGUAGGCAACAGCGACAUUCAAAGCACACAAGCGGUCGCCUCUGUUUACUCGUCGGUGACCGGCCUAUGGGGGAAUCUCGUCUCAACAGCGCUGCCGUCCAAGGAUUCUGGUUUUCCCACCAUGAUUUACAUGGGCAUGCCUGCUGUGAUGGUUGGUGCUUCCUUUUAUUGGUUGCUUAUUAAUGGGGAUUCACAAGGAAUCCUUGAAUUUGAUUUGGAUAGGCGGAGCCUAUCUUGCAUACCCAUGCCAGUGGAAGACACUGAUGGUAUGGGCCAUGGCAAUAUUUGGGUUAUGCCGGCAGAGGGUGGCGGCCUUGGUUUCCUCUUCCUGAAAUGCUUUUGCGCCCAAUUAUGGAAGAUGAAGACCGAUUGCAAGGGUGUUUCUUCAUGGGUGCUGGGAAUAAGUAUUGAUCUUGACAAGUUACUUUCCUUGAAUUCAGAGAUGGACCCAUGGAUAGUAGGGUUUGCCGAGGACAAUAAUGUGGUGUUACUGUGGACAUCUGUCGGUGUCUUCACUGUCCAGUUUGAAUCAUUGCAGUUCAAGAAACUUUUUGAAUCUACAUAUGGCUGGUAUCACUAUUAUCCAUUCGAAGGUGUCUAUACUGCAGACACAGGCAUUGGUGGUGGAAACGAUGAAGCUAAACUUUUGCUCAAUACAUGAUAUGAUUUAUCCGGAUAGACAUGUGGACGUGAUGAUUGAGCAGGUAAGUAUCUAUUAGUAGUGGCAGAUUGAAAUAUUUCCCUUUCCUUCCCUUCAGAGGGUAUUUUUUUGUUUUGCUUUUGCUCGUUGCUACAAUGCAUUGAUUUAUUUUCUGUUGUUUUUGGUCUGUCAAGUUUGGUGGUGAUUUAUUUGUUGUUCAUCAAUGCAAAUAAUUGAUAACAAGAAACAUCUCAGCACUUGGCUUCAGACUUCCUUUAUUUAUAUGUGCUUACCAUUUCACACUAUUGCUUUCUUAGGGAAAACAUUUCAGAUUAUUGCUCAUUUAGGAUCGUUAUAAUACCUAAUGCUCGCUUGCAGUUGUUGUACAAUUAUGUUAAUCGUAGGCAGUUUUGUUAAAUAUUUUCUCAACAGCCCUCUAUUUGUCAGCCUAACUCUCGUAGUUUGUGUGAACUAAAGUACAGGUUGGCUGUUGUUGUGGUUUCUGUGCAGUAUAAUUUCUUCGAUUUCGGUCACUAUAGAUAUUUGAUAAUUUCUGUACUGAACGCAUGAUAAAAAUGACCUGACUAGAUUCAUAUUAAACACUGCUCUCUUCACGAGUAGUUGCCAGUGUUUCGAUUUUGAUACUAUGCAGCAGAAGAGGUUGUCGUCUAUUUGAACCGAAGGAAGUACAGUAUCAGUUAACAAAAUGAUGCGUGAUCAUUUACUUGAGGCUUCCACUGAAUGAUUUUGAUUAAAUUUUAAGUGUUAAUCUAGCUUGUACAUUUCUAAAGAGUAUGCCUAUGAGCUAGAAACUACAUGUUUCUGCUCUGUUACUCCAUUAGCCCCUGAUAUGCCCAUGAUAAGAAAUAAAGUUUUACAAGAUUUGAUAAGCUAGGAUGUUACAGUGGAGUUAUCUGCACCACUAACCUCUUAGCCUCCGCUGAGGCCAGAUGUAGCCAAAAGCUUGAGGAUAUGCUAACUAUAGAUAUUGAAGGUGAGGAGAGCCUCCCAGCGCAAUGUCAAGUGCGCCCUGUUUACACUUAAGCCACCUGGGUUCGAAUCUCCCCACCUACCUAACAACGAAAGUUAAGGGAGGGAACUCCCCCCUUUAACCUUGUAUAAUAGAUAUUGAAGGUGUGCCUCUACAAAUUAACUAUCCUCCUAUUGCUGUUCUCUCUUUGUACUGUUGGUUCUGUCCGAUAUUGCUGAGUUGAUUCAACUUUGAGCUUUUGGCACAAUUUCCACAUUGUUGAAGCUAAUGCCUACUGUCUGAAUCGGACAAAAAUGUGGGAUAAAUCCAGUGGAUUUUGCAUGAAUGAGUAUCACAAUUCGGUUUAGCUGACAACAUUGGUUGCUCUGCAGGUAUCAAGAGUUAGGUUUCGUCGUCAGAGAUGAAUAAAUAGGUUAUUUAAUGUAUGUUCUUCCAUUCUGUAUGGUGUGCAUGGGUCCUGUGAUGUGCUCCUCCACAAGGGAGAUGACCUUGCAUAUAUAUCAUGCACCAGUCAAAUGUUAUGUGAACCUGUAGGAAGUAACAUGCCGUGGUCAACUGUAGCUUGGAAUUGAUCUUCAAGCUGUGAACUGCCGUCUAUUAUCCGAUUUCUGUAGGCAAUAUUCCUUCUGGCGUCAAGAGAAAUUAGCAUGCUUCAGUUAAUGCAUUAGCGUCGGCCCUGUCACUGAAUAUUGGAGUUGCCUGCGCUAUUUUGUGUGCGCAUAUCCUUUUUUUCAGCCUCGUUUGCUCACGUCCCACAAAAACUCUGCGUGUGUGUCUGAAUUUGUUUUUCAAAAAGAUAUUAUUGCUCCAGGGACGCUUUUACGAGUUGAAUUAAUUUGCGCCUAUUCAGUAGCAAUGCCACUGGGAGUCUGGUUUAUCUUCUUUCUAUGGGAUAUGGUUAAGUCUUGGGUCAGUUGGCUAACAUCUGAAUUUGAAUUCUUUCAUGACUUGAUCUCUUAAGUAAGAAAUGAGACAUCCAACGAUGUAUGCCUGCGUGUUUCUGUGCUUCUGGGGAACAUGGUUUGUUGCUCCUUUCAACUAGGGAUGAUGAGCCUUUAUUUUUUCUUGGAGAAAAAAAAUAGUGAAUCUUGCACCGUAGAAUCCUCUCUUUUGACUGGGAUGGAAUGCAUUUUUUUCCUUUCUUAUCAUUUUAGGAAAAAUGGUUGAAUCACUCUAUGUAUGGUUUCAGUGAAAUCAGAAACUAAAAAAGGUUUAAUGAAAUGAAAGCCUAUACAUUGGAUUUUUGGGCUCAACCACAAACCUGACAUCAGAUUUUUGACCAAAUCGAACGUUUUUUAUGGCCAUUUAUGUUUGCCGAGGAUGGCAAGCAAUGUCAAAUCCGCCUAAAUUCAUUUUUUGUCAGAAAAUUAACGUGCUUGCAAACUAAAUUUGUUAUCCUCGCGCCAACAUAAAUUGCCAUAAAAUAAAGAAUUUUGGGCUUCAGUCUCACUCAUGGGCUUUAUUAGGUCACCUGCACCUCACACUCCAGUCCAUACUCGACAUCGUGCCUGCUUCUGCUCUCCACAUUUCACUCUUCCCGGCCCGCACCAGAGAGUCACGCGAGAGGAUGAGCAGCCCCCGCCACCGCUCCCGCUCCUCGGCGGCGGCGCCGCCAGACGAUGACAACCUGCUCGCCGAGAUCCUCCUCCGCCUCCCCCCGCAGCCCUCCUCCCUCCCCCGCGCCUCCGCCGUCUGCAAGUUCUGGCGCAGCCUCGCCUCCGACCACGGCUUCUCCCGCCGCUUCCGCGCGCACCACCGCCAAAACCCUCCCCUCCUCGGCUGGCUCAUCAAUAAUUUGUACGAGAUUGGCUUCCAGCCUACGCUGGAAGCCCCCAAUCGGGUCCCGGAAGCCCGCUUCUCCUUCCCAAUCAAGGCCAGCAGCCGCUUCUGGCCCCUCGGAUGCCGCCAUGGCCUCGUACUCAUCUCCCGCUUCUUGCAGAAAGCCGCGCAGGUGAAGCUCCUGGUGUGGGACCCCAUAACCGGCGACCAGCACCUCCUAGACAUUCCUCCAGGGUUCCACAGCGAGUCGAUCAGCGCGGCGGUGCUUCGUGUUCCUGGAGAUAUCCACCAUUUCCAGGUGGUCUUGGUAGGCAACAGCGACAUUCAAAGCACACAAGCGGUAGCCUCUGUUUACUCUUCAUUGACCGAUGUAUGGGACAAGCUCAUCUCAACACCGCUUCCAUCAGAGCAUUCUGGUUUUCCCACCAUGGUUUACACGGGCAUGCCUGCUGUGAUGGUUGGGGGUUCCUUUUAAUGGUUGCUUUAUGGUUAUGGGAAUUCGCAACAAAUUCUUGAAUUGGAUUUGGAUAAGCGGAGCCUAGCUUUGAUACCCAUGCCAGUGGGUGACACUGGAGACAUGAGAGAUGGCAAUAUUUGGGUUAUGCCGGCAGAGGGUGGUGGCCUUGGUUUACUAUUCCUGAGAGGUAUUUGUGCCCAAUUAUGGAAGAGGAAGACCGAUUGCAAGGGUGUUGCCUCAUGGGUGCUGGGAAGAACUGUUGAAUUGGACAAGCUACUUUCCCUGAAUUCAGAGAUGGAAAGAAAGCACCCAAGGAUACUCGGGUUUGUUGAGGACAAUAAUGUGGUGUUGUUGUGGACAUCUGUUGGCAUCUUCACGGUCCAGUUUGAAUCAUGGCUGUUCAAGAAAGUUUUCGAAUCUAGCGCCUGGUAUCUCCAUUUUCCAUUCGAAGGUGUCUAUACUGCAGGUAAAAAGAAACCAAGUUAUUUGAUAUUCUUGGAUAAUUAUUGUUGAAUUGUGUACUUUUACCUAUUUACUCUAGGACGUCCAUAGAAUGAAACAACGUCCACAAAGAUUUGCAAAGAUAAUAUAUCUGAGGUAGAUUAGCAAACAGUAUUAUGUAGAGUAAUCGAACUAAAUUUUUAUUGUGGGCCAAUAGACAUACUCAAUAAUUUCAUAAUGGUGGUAUUAACUAUUAGUGCAUCGCUGCAGUGCAAAUGUUACUCAAGAUGAGAUGCACAGUUUAUAGAAAUUGAGGACAUUUACAUGAAAAACUUGCUUGAACCAAUUGAAAUGUCAAAUAGGUAGCUCAAUUGGUACACUCUGAAGCUCAGAGCUGGUUAUAUUUCUUCCAUUCAAUAUGGUUAUCUUUGUCGAUCUUGCUAGUAAUAGUAAAUCCCCAAUGGCGACUAGGUUUGAUGGUUACAAAUUAGUUUUUCACUUUUAGAAGGGUCAUGCUGCAAGUGACAUGUCCAUUUGCUAGAAAUUCAGGCUAAAUUUAUUUAAAGAUAAUCUUAAUAUGAAUAGCCAUGAUCACUUUUAUUGCUAACAUUUAUUAGUAUGAGCAUGUUCCAUUUUUAUCCAAUGUGGCAUGGACCAUCUUAAGUGUAACUUUAGAUACUUUUCCUUUCCUAUCUGCUGUUUUAUUUAUCUAUUCCUAAUUUUGCACCAGGCAUGAAUUAUUUUCUCAAAAUACAGCAUUCUGUUUAUCUAAAUAUCUUGUUAAUGCCCUCUCGUACCUAUUUGACUGUUCGUUGGAAUCUCAUUGGUUCCUUAACAUAUUAUUCUUGUAGACGGGGGCAAUGGUGGUGGACCCUCUGAAGCUAAACUUUUGUACAAUACAUAAUCUGAUUUGUCUGGAUAGACAUGCUAAGAGCAUCUCCAGCCGCGCCCCCAACAGGCCCUCCCCAGGCGUUUUUGCCGCGCCGGCGCCGAAAAAACGGCCCAGUCGCCCCCCGGAAGCCCGUUUUUCGCCGGCUCGGGCCGAAUCUGGUGCCGGCGGACCCAGGCAGAACCCGACGCCCUGGGGGACGCCAGGGGCGCCGGCACAAGCGAAAAGGCACGCGUGGGUCCGCCCUGUCGGCGAGUCGAGCGCCUCUUCCCGCCGUUUCUCCCCGCUUUUCCCCCAGUUCCCUCCAAUUUUCUCCUUUCCUCCCGCCAUUCUCUCUCCCGCUCGCCUCCCAGCCGGCCGCCAUGGCACCGAAGAAGUACAUCGUCCCCCGCGCCGCGGCAACCGCGACCGCCUCCGUCGCCCAGCCGAAGCAGAGGAAGCAGAGGAAGCCGAGGGCGCCGCCGUCCAAGCCACCGGGCAUGACAAACGCAUGACAUCCCCCCGGCAACCACGCGCUGUACGCGCCCUGGGGCCAGCAAGGUGUCGGGUCUCCGACGCCGCAGCCAUGGGGAUCGCCGGGCUACGCCGACAGGGACGUGCACGGUGGGUUCAACCCAAAUGUCACGUUCCCCCAUGGACACCCGGCCCAGCGCACGCCCUCGCCCGCCUUCACCGGCGUGCA